AUGACAAAACUAACCAUGUUUUCUGUUUACUUUGUAGAGAAACUGUUUCUUAACAAAGUAAACAGAAAAGAUAUUCAGUUUUGUCAUUUCCGACAACACUUUUUAGGUCUUGAAAAAAACGAUCGGACAUUUUUCCUAAGUUCAUAUACGAUAUCUAAUAUUAUAAUAUCCCAAACACAGCUACAGCGAUAUAAAGGCGGCUCAUUAAUAUGCUACAAAGCACUAUCGCAGAUCAGGGAAGGUUUGAAGAGGUUGACUUGCAAACAUGGUUCUAUGACACUUUGUUUAUCCCAAUAUCUGUGGGUCACCAAGAACUUUCUGCUGUGCUGGGCAAAUAAAAUGAAAGAAACAGUGCGUCAAAUACGACCUGACGAUAUCGUGUUCAUUAUCGUUCAGUUCAAAAAAAAAGACAACCAUCCAAUAUUUUCUUCCCGAGUUAAUGCUACAGGGUUUCGCCUGAUUUUAUUUGUGAAUCAAGAAUAUGACCGUUGUUUCCAUACCAUGUUAGAAAUUGGCCAAUUUAAUGUCCCAAAUUCUGGCAUAACUUUGUUCGUUCAUCACGCCUAA